CUCGCUGGGCAGCCCGUCCAACGCGAACUCGAGCGCCAUGUUCUUCCUGAAGACGCUCACGCACAAGAUUCAGCUGCACCCGAGCUACUUUGGGCCCAGCUUGAGUGACUACCUGCGCAAGCAGCUCAAGGCGGAGGUGGAGGGCACCUGCACGGGCAAGGUCGGCUUCAUCGUCAAGGUCACGGGCAUCAUCGAUGUCGGUGACGGCGUCAUCCUGCCUGGCGGCGACGGCAAGGCCGAGUUCGAGAGCACGUACAAUGCCGUCGUGCUGAAGCCUUUCAAGGGCGAGGUGGUCGACGCCCUCGUCACCAACGUGAACAAGAUGGGCUUCUUCGCGACGGUGGGGCCGCUGCAGAUCUUCACGUCGGUGCACCUGCUGCCCGUCGACUUCAAGUUCCAGCCCGACUCGAACCCGGCCGAAUACGCCAGCGCCGACGGCUCGACCAUCGUGAAGGGAAAGAAGGUGCGGCUGCGGAUCGUCGGCACGCGCAUCGACGCCAACGAGAUCUUCGCUGUGGGCCUCAUGAAGGAGGACUACCUAGGACCAUUCGACUGAUGGACAGCACUGCUCUGGGGCGGUCGCAGACGCUGCUCGGUUGCUCAGGGCCAUGAAAUGCACUACAUCCG